AUGAACACCCCACACUUCCCUCUCCUGCAUAUCCCGGCGAACUAUAUGCCCCUUGCCCUCUGCCCCUUGCCCUCUGUCCCUUGCCCUCUGCCCCUUGCCCUCUCCCCCUUGCCCUCUCCCCCUUGCCCUCUCCCCCUUGCUCUCUCCCCCUUGCCCUCUCCCCCUUGCCCUCUCCCCGCGCACCUCUUCCCCUCUGUCCCCCUCUCCUGCAUGCAGCGCGGAGGCAUGCUCGCUCAUCCCUGGGGGCAUGCGCUCAUUAGUGUGGCGCGCGCAUGGCAUGGGGAGCUUGCCGCGCCCAAGGCAGCAAGAGGGGGUAGCAGCCCCACUGACCUCCUCCCCAGCAAGAAGGUCAGUACGGAGGUGACAAGAGGCGCAGGGCAGUGCGCAGUGAGGGGCGCUGCAGUUACAGCAGCAGUGGUGGGGGGGAAAGAUGCGGAGAGGGGAGGCAAGGGUGGGCGGGGAGCAGUGGGGAGGGGCGUAGAUGAGGCGGUGAUGGUGGUUGGCAGUGCACACAGCAGUGCGGACGAGACGUUCAUGAAGAGGCGGAAGGGCGGCAAGCUGGCACGGUGGAAAGAGGAAGUGCGUGAGGCGGAGAAGGAGAAGGAGGAGCGGAGGCGGCGUCUCAUUGGCAAGGCGAGGGCGCGUCAGAAGUGGAGAGUGUCAUCAAAGGUGGGUUCGUGCACGCCAGUGGUGCAAGCCAGUGGUGCAUGCCAGUGGUGCACGCCAGUGGUGCACGCCAGUGGUGCAUGCCAGUGGUGCAUGCCAGUGGUGCAUGCUAGUGGUGCAUGCCAGUGGUGCAUGCCAGUGGUGCAUGCCAGUGGUGCAUGCCAGUGGUGCAUGCCAGUGGUGCAUGCCAGUGGUGCAUGCCAGUGGUGCAUGCCAGUGGUGCAUGCCAGUGGUGCAUGCCAGUGCUGCAUGCCAGUGCUGCAUGCCAGUGGUGCAUGCCAGUGUGGUGCAUGCCAGUGGUGCAUGCCAGUGGUGCAUGCCAGUGGUGCAUGCCAGCGGUGCAUGCCAGUGGUGCAUGCUAGUGGUGCAUGCCAGUGGUGCAUGCCAGUGGUGCAUGCCAGUGGUGCAUGCCAGUGGUGCAUGCCAGUGGUGCAUGCCAUGGUGCAUGCCAGUGGUGCAUGCCAGUGGUGCAUGCCAGUGGUGCAUGCCAGUGGUGCAUGCCAGUGGUGCAUGCCAGUGGUGCAUGCCAGUGGUGCAUGCCAGUGGUGCAUGCCAGUGGUGCAUGCCAAUGGUGCAUGCCAGUGGUGCAUGCCAGUGGUGCAUGCCAGUGAUGCAUGCCAGUGGUGCAUGCCAGUGGUGCAUGCCAGUGCUGCAUGCCAGUACCAUGGGUCACUGGUCAUGAAGAAGAGUAGCCCUGUCACUGGCCGUCUGACGUGGCUGGCGUCCCCUGCCCCCGCUCCGCCCAUGCGCCUUACCUCCCCCACCCAUGUGCGCCUCUGCACCUCUGUCCCCCACCCCACCUCCUGCGUGCAGCGCUCAUCCGCGAGGGUGAGCGCGCGGUAUGGCAGCAGCAGAGCCGAGCGGAGCAAGAAGCAUGAGCGCCUGGCGUCGCGCACUCGCGCUGCACACGUGGACUGGCGAGCAGAGCUGGCUGCAGCCGUGCGGGUGGGGCUGGCGGGCGGGCGACUGCAAGCUGGUGCGGUGCGUUGGGCUGCUGCACCGGGCACGUGGCGUUAA